AUGGGUUUCCUGGGCAGGCUGCCGGCGCUACCAAAACUUGUUGCAGCUGCGGCGACGGGUCGGGGUGGUGGCGAUGGCUGGCGGCGUCUGGGGCGGCCCUGCGCGGGGAGUCCGCUCUUGGGCCGGGCCAUCACUACCCACUGCCCGCCGCUCGCCGCCCGCGCCGCCUCCUCCUGGGCUCUGGGCGAGUACGAGGAAGUUUUCAGGUCCUCCGUGGCGGAGCCCGAGAAGGUGUGGGGAGCAGCCGCCGAGCAGAUCCAGUGGUACAAGCCGUGGGCCCGGGUCAUGGAGAAGGGCCUCCCGGAGAGCGCCUCCUGGUUUGUAGGUGGAGAGCUGAAUAUCUGUUACAAUGCGGUAGAUCGUCAUGUUGAGAAUGGACGAGGAGACCAAAUUGCCAUUAUUUAUGACAGUCCUGUAACCAAUACAAAAGAGAAAAUAACGUAUAAAGAACUUCUUGAACAGGUCUCCAAGUUAGCCGACGUCAUGGUCAGACAUGGUGUGAAGAAAGGAGAUCGUGUGGUUAUCUACAUGCCCAUGAUUCCACAGACAGUGUACUGUAUGCUGGCUUGUGCAAGAAUAGGAGCCAUCCAUAGUCUGAUUUUUGGUGGAUUUGCAUCUAAAGAGCUUUCCGUUCGCAUUGAUCAUGCAAAGCCCAAACUUAUUGUAACAGCAAGUUUUGGAGUAGAACCAAAAAGGAAAGUGGAAUACAUAUCUCUUCUAGAAGGAGCACUGGCAAGGGUACAGAGCAAACCUGAUAAAGUUCUCAUUUACAAGCGACCUAAUUUGGGCCAUGUUCCUCUUGUCCCAGGUCGUGAUCUUGACUGGGAGGAUGAGCUUGCAAAAGCACAGUGUUGCAAAUGUGUCUCUGUUCCCUCAGACCAUCCACUUUAUAUUCUAUAUACGUCUGGAACAACAGGCUUGCCCAAGGGUGUUGUCAGACCAACAGGUGGCUAUGCAGUUAUGCUGAACUGGACAAUGUCAGCUGUAUAUGGACUCAAACCUGGUGAGGUAUGGUGGGCAGCUUCUGAUUUAGGCUGGGUUGUUGGUCAUUCCUACAUUUGCUAUGGGCCUCUUCUUCAUGGAAAUACUACAGUUUUGUAUGAGGGGAAGCCUGUGGGAACGCCAGAUGCUGGUGCCUAUUUCCGUGUGCUAGCAGACCAUGGAGUAGCUGCCUUCUUUACUUCACCAACUGCAAUUAGAGCAAUCCGUCAGCAGGACCCUGGGGCAGCCUUGGGAAAGCAGUACUCUCUGAAAAGGUUCAGAACAUUAUUUGUUGCUGGUGAGCACUGUGAUGUGGACACACUAGAAUGGUCAAAAAGGGUCUUCAAGGUACCUGUCUUGGACCACUGGUGGCAGACUGAAUCUGGUUCUGCAAUUACUGCUUCCUGUAUUGGUUUGGGGAACUCUACAACACCUCCACCUGGACAGGCAGGAAAACCAGUGCCAGGAUACAAUGUGAUGAUUCUGGAUGAAAAUAAGAAACCAGUGAAGGCGAAGACUUUGGGAAAUAUUGUGGUAAAAUUGCCUUUGCCUCCUGGAGCAUUCUCAGGUCUUUGGGAAAAUCAGGAAAUGUUCCAGAAGCUGUAUUUCCAAAAAUUUCCAGGAUAUUACGACACUAUGGAUGCAGGUUACAUGGAUGAAGAUGGUUAUUUAUAUGUCCUGUCUCGAGCUGACGAUGUGAUCAAUGUUGCUGGACACAGAAUUUCUGCAGGCGCAAUCGAAGAGUGUGUUCUCUCUCAUCAUGCUGUGGCAGACUGUGCCGUUGUCGGCCAAGAGGAUCCUUUAAAAGGACAUGUUCCAUUGGCUCUGUGUGUACUGAGAGAAGGUAUAAAGACAGAAGAGGAGACAAUUUUGGAAGAGAUUGUUGAGCAGGUUCGAACUAACAUUGGUCCAGUAGCAGCUUUCCAGAAGGCGGUCUUUGUCAAACAGCUACCAAAAACACGCUCUGGCAAGAUACCACGUUCAGCUCUUUCUGCACUUGUCAGUAGAAAACCUUAUAAGAUAACGCCGACCAUUGAAGACGCUAGCGUGUUUAAACACAUUGAAGAAGUGCUAGAGAAAAAUUAAAUAUCUUCAUAACAAACCCAUCAAUUACUGCAAUAUACAAAGAGACUUCCUCUUAGGAAACACCACUUUUUACAAACCAGUAAUGAUUUGGGACUUCAUUGUUUACUUCAGAGAUGUCUUUACCGUGUUGCCCCAGUCAGUGAAGCAUACUCAAGUCUCUGCAUAUUGCCAUUAUAUGCUGGAUAUUAAGAUUGCCAAGAAUUGCAAAUAGAAUUAAUACAUUUCUAUAGCCUUAAAGGGAAGGAGUCACUGAUUAUCUAGUUCAUAUGGUGCCAUGUAACUUUAUAUUUCAUUAUUGUAUACUGUGGGAAUUAACUUGAGUUUGGCUAAAACAGCUUACAAAGGUAAGUCAUGAACUCAGUACAGCAAUACAUAUGAAUUCUCAUGUGAAAAUCAUUGUAGAC